CCCAUUUUCGUCGACGGCCGCACCCAGAGAACGGUAAAGGUAAGGUACACGUCCGCCGCCGACCCUUUCCCCGCCAGCGUGGGUGGGCGGCGCAACGCAGUCACCAGCCGAUCCCAACUGGCAGGCGGCGUUGCCUCGCAGUUCCAGCGGCCGUCGCCCGAACCCAACCACCCUGCCAGCCAACGCGCGAGCAGAUUGCCAUCGGGGGAGACCCGGACUAGCACGACGCCACCGCCGCUGCCAAUCAUUACUCGGCCUGCUAAACCUUGCUUAGUUUAUGCCAACCCAAACUCCACCUCUCCCCCGGAGCCCGAGCCCGUCUGCUCCCGUCCUACGAUUCGACGAUUCGGUUCUUCUUCCCCUGUCAAAAGGAUCCAAGCCCUGCCAACCGUGCUCGUCAAUAGCCUGGCUUUGUCUCUCUCGUGCCCCGAUACUUUGCUUCCGGGGGCAGGAAACACGCGCCCGGGGGCCCCCGUCUUGGAUAUUUCAGUUUUCAGGUUCUUGGAUCUUCCAGAUUCUCGGUUUGAGAGAGGAGAGGAGAGGAGAAGAGGAGGGCGUUGAAUUUCCCCUUCUGAUCGUUGUUCCUCGAUCGCCGCCAUGAGUAGCACGCUGCUUCGAGUCUGCCCUUCCGACCUGAAGAUGGCAUUCGAGCUCAAGAAGCAGAACUCAGCAUGUCUGGAGCUCGUCAACAAGACCGAUCAGUGCGUGGCUUUCAAGGUGAAGACGACGAACCCUAGGAAGUACGCCGUGCGGCCUGCCUCCGGUGUCGUGCCGCCCAGGGGAUCGUUCGGCAUCUCAAUUGUGAUGCAAGCGCCCAAGGAGAUUCCCCCGGACUACCACUGCAAGGACAAGUUCCUCGUUCAGAGUAUCGUUGUGGAGGAGGGGACGGCGCCGAAGGACAUUGUCCCUGACAUGUUCAGUAAAGCACCAGGUAAGUUGGUCGAGGAGUUUAAGUUGAGGGUGAUCUACGUCCCUGCCAAUCCUCCAUCGCCUGUGCCGGAGGAAGCAGAGGAAGAGGAUUCCCUUGAUUCAGACGUGGACCAUGAAGUGGAACCACCAUCGACGUCCAAUUCUACAUCAGGGCAUGGACAUGCAUCUAGAUCCCAAACUUCACAUAACGAGGACGUCUCUUUGGUAUCCAAGUCAGGAGACCAGGAAAGUAGAUAUGCAGAGGAAAACAAGAAGAUUCAGAAAGAGCUGGAACUCCUCCGGAAAACAAAGCCGUCUCCCGGGGGCUUCUCGGCCACGUUUGUGCUGCUGAUCUUCUCGUUAUCUUUCCUUCUUGGAUACCUGAUGUUGGGAAGCAGAGCUUAACGACACGCGGCAGCACAUGAUUUUGCUGCACGGUUCUAUCUUUUUGGCACCUUUGCACUUUGCUCCUUUCAAUACAGAAUUUGUAUUAGUUAGUCCACAAUACAGAUAGGUUCUUUGGGGGGUUUGAAGUGUCCGUAUUAUAACAGACCUUCAGUUUUGAAAUAUACGUGUGUGCUCGUAAUGGUAGAGGCUGUGUUCAAAGUUC